GGCGGUUCUUGCACGUGUGUGAGUGAUGCCGAAACUCUCUUUUUAAAGCUUAAAACUGGGAAUCCGAAAGAUGCCUUCAGAAAAUAUUAUUUCGCGUUUCUGGGAACUUGCGUCAAAUGACGAAACUACCCGUCUGAAAGCAGCUUCACAGCUGUUAGAUUCUUUACACGAAGCUCAAAUGCACCACGAAGAAAAAGUCGAGGUAACAAAACUGUAUGUACUCACUUGUGAGGACACUUUAUCGUGGUAGAUGUAAAACUCAUGCUUGCGUAAUAUUUCGCGUCGGAGAUAUGAAUUAUCCAGAAGGAAGAAGGUCUAAAAAUCCACCUUAAGUUACGCUACCCAGCUGUUGUAUUUUAUGCACGUAACUCACGAGAACUGUCUUUGUUUACAAUGUUAGGUAGAGGAUAAUGCCAACGACGAUGACAAGAAUUUUUGUUGUGACGAGCUGGAAUACAGUGUAAAACGGCUUGUAAAAGGUUUAGCUUCUUCGAGGAAGGGAGCUAGGCAAGGAUUUGCAACAGUGUUGACAGAAGUCCUCUCCAAGUUUGUUUCUCUGUCUCCCGAAAGAGUGCUCAAAUUAAUUGGUGAAAAUUUAGAGGUCACUGGUAGCGCCAUAUCCACGGUACAGAUUAUUUAAAGAGAUUGAGAUGGGUUGUUUUAUACUUUUAACUAAUUUUUCUCGAUAUUUCUUUUUUACCAAGUGUUUCAUUUCAUAUCAAGAUGCUGUUCCCAUUUACAUGUAUGUUUACAUAACUUGUUGUUUUUCGCUUCAGGAAGAAAGAGAUCGUUACAUAGGGCAGUUAUUUGGCAUGGUGUCUGUGUUGAGGUCCCAAUGUGAUCAUGAUAAAAUCUCUGUAAGUGUUAUCUGUACCAGAAUAGUUUUUAGUUCUAAUAGUUUGCCUUUUUUAAAUUUACUAAUGGUUGUUUUAAAAUGCUGGUGAUUUCAUUCACAAGAGGGAGGGAAAUUUCAAACUCAGCAGUCUUUGAAUUGUCACCCAAAGGAAUUGUUUUGAUUGCAAUUUUUCUUUGCUUUUAGACCCUUGACUCAAACUGGCUGAGCCCGCUCAUUUCCAAAGUUAUUGAACUAAGCAAAAAGAAGAGUUAUUUACAGGAGCUCUGUGCCAAGGUCAUUGUAGACAUAUUUCCUUUGGUGAGUAAUACCUGUGUAACCUUUUGUGAUAAAACAGAAAUCAGUCACUGUAGUGUCAUAUCUUUAAGAAUGCGUUCAUCAUGGGAAUAGAAUGGCACAAUUGCAUGACUAUAUGUAAAUUAUGAAUAUUAAUGUUGUGAAAUUUUGUUAGGUGAGGUGAAUAUUGACUAACAUGUGUUGUUAUUUGUGACCAUAUAACCAGAAUAUUGAUAGACUUUACAGUCACUUCAUGUUUAUUUUAAUAUCAGUUGCAGUAUAUGUAAUUAAUCAUUUGAUGUUGAGCCACAGGUACAUGUGAUUGAUGAUUAUUUGCUCACAGCAAAUAUCAUACUACAUACAUGUUUGAGUGGUCCAUUAUGUGUAGAUGUGGUAGACUUGAUCAUGUAAUUACAUUUUAUGUUUUAGUUGAAACUGAGUGUAAGGGACUCAAUCUGAUUUAAAAUUAUUUUGAAAUGUAUUUUUCUUUUUUCCAAGCACAUUAUCAUAGGUGUAAAGCAAAGAAAAAAUAAAUCAAAACUAGUUUGAAACAAUUUCACCUGAAAUUAUGAUCAACUGCAAAAUAUGUCAAGAAGUGGGGUUCAAGAAAGAUUCUUGGUUUAGAAUUUUCAAUUUGAAAUCGUUUUCUUCUGUGUGAGAGUAUAACAAUGAUUUCAAGAUAAAGGGGAAUAAAAAUAUGAAACCUAAACAAAAUCUGAACCAUGACAUACUCUGCAUACAUGAAACAGUGAUUAAUGAUUUGGUUCCAGGUGUCUGAGGAUGUUUUUAAAAAUUGUGUGUAUCCAUCUGUGAAGGAGAUCUUUGAAAGUGGCUGGACACAGGCUACACCUGAGACACUUCUUAUUUCCCUAGCACUUCAGAGAUUCUGGGAGGUAUGUAUUGAAAUGGCAUUAAUUGUAAAAUGCACCUUUAUUUGAUAGCAAAUGAUAUAGCUGACUCUUAAUCGUUGACAAACGCUUGUCAACUUUUAAAAUCUUAAGGCUGAUUUUUAUUUGGGUGAAUAUCCCGAAGACAUUUUACUUUAUCUCCUAGGGUCAUGUUGUGUAUGUUCCUUGAGUCAAUUGCAUGUGCAAAUAUUUCAUCAAUGCAUUGUUACAUUAUAAAUGAUAAAACUGAAUGUAAGAAACAAAAAAGUAGGGAAUCAUUUUAAUUAUUUGUUUAACUGUUAAUAUCCUUUCCUUGCCUCAGGAGCAUUUGGAUAAGAAAGUGAUAAAGGUUGCAUGGAAAAGUCCACUCAUAGCUGACACACAAAAUUACAAGCAGAUGUACACUGUCUUACAGGUACAUGCUCUUGUCAAAAUCAUCAUUUUAUGACCUAUUCCAGUUCUAUGUCAGAAUAAUCUCCUCUUAGUUAAUUGAAUUUGACAACUACUACAAUUAUCAAAGAUAUCUUUUGUCAGAAAAAUGAUGUACACAAUACUGCUCAAAAGUAAGUUGAUGGUGUCAAGUCAAACCUCAACCCUCAAUCCACAAAACAAUCAAAGAUCGAGAAUUGAGGGUUGAGGCUGGAGAAUAUUGUGGUGCUCCAGACUUUUAGGAUCCAAAUUUUUAUUUUAUAAUACAAUUUGCUGCCACUCAUGAUUACCAUGCUUAUCAAUAAAGGGCAAAAUUACUGAGCGCUGAUUGGUUGAGAGAGAGGGCAUUUUUUCUUUAAUCGAUAUUUCAGUUAAAAGCAUUUGUUGUUUUUUGGCAGAAAACAAUGAGCUUUGUUUUACAUUUUGGCAGUGUAUCAUGAUAUUUUGGAAAUAAAAUUUCAAAUUUAUAAUUUGAUUGAUGAUUUGCCGUAGUUGCUUGCCAAAAAAUUUUUCCUUCAGAUCUUCAUUGUGAACUUGUUUUAGGGAUUCCAUCUUUCAUCCCAUCCAAGAAAAUUUUGUCCAUUGUGUUUGGGAUGAAAUUUUUGCUACAUAUUCAUAAGCAUUGUAACAUGCAUAUACAUGUACAUAUAUUAAUUAAAACUAAUUUAUAUUAAUCAGUUGCUUGCCAUUUCGUCCAUGACUUGUUUUAGGAUUCCAUCUCGUCCCAUCCAAGAGUCCAUUGUGUUUGGGAUGAAAUUUUCCUUGCAGUAUGUAAGAAUUCACCUGGUGACUUUGAGAUGUUUUGGAAUACAGUUGUUGAAGGUAGAACAUGAUUUAUCACCACAUUCAUUUAUACAAUAGUUAAUAUGAAUUUCAGGUUACUGUUUCUUUUAUUUUUACAAUAAUCUGUUUGAAAUUAAUAUGAGAUGAUUUUCAGCCACAGUAUUUACAGUCACUGUGUAUUGCUAAGUAAACAUUUAGUAUAAGAAAAUGAUUUUAAGAAAGUCAUUCAGAGUUGCCAAAUUCUUUUGUUACAUGUGUAUUAUUCACAGUCAUUUCUGUUCAUUUUUAAUCAUAAGAUUUCACUGUUUCUUUACAGAUGGCUUGUUUCAGUCCACACAUGAUAGAAAGUUUCUGGGUUUUCAGCUAGUCAAGAAAAUACUGCCUCAACUCAGUGAAAAGGAGGUGAGAAGUUACCAUAUUUAUUGACUCCUGAUGAAAAAGAAACUCACAAGACUGAAAACCACACCAGUUGUUUCAUGUGUAAUAUUUAACACUGUAUAGUUGACUUUAUAUAACAUGUGAAGGCAGACUGGGGGUGAAUGUGUUGGAUUCAGGGUUGAGUCUAUUUUAAAACCUGGCUAGAGCAAUUGUUUUGUUUUGAUUCCUUGCAGGGAUUACACAGUAAUCUCAUAUUGCUAAUUCUCUUUGAUGGGGAGGGUAAUAGGAAUUAGGCUGCAAAAUGUCUGAGGAAGCUAAGCUGACAAAGUAUUGGAAAGUUGGACUGGUAUCUUGUCAAGGGAAUGAUGUUUCCUGCUCUGUGCUUCCACGGCUGGGAUAAAUUCUCAGCCAUGCAAAUGAAACUUGAAAAUUUAACCCAUUUCAAGAAUCUCCUAACUUUGCAAUUUUGUAAACCUUGUCUGAGUGUACUUUUAUUCAGGUGUCAGUUGUGUUUGGUGCUCACAUGAUGAGGAGCUUUAUAAACAGUCUGUCAUCAUCACAGAGUUAUCUCCAUGAGGCAGCAAAACAGUUGGUGAAUAAAAAACUUGCAUUUAUAUAAAAACUAUGUAAAUCUACAGUGUACUACACAAUUAAGAAACUUAAAGGUUGUUAGUGUUGGAUGAUCUGCAAGAUCUGUUUGCUAUGAUACAAAGUUACUGAAGGCAUUGUAAGUUACAGUAUAUUGUACAAGCAUUUUAAGUUACAGUAUAUUAUACAGGCAUUGUAAGUUACAGUAUAAAUAUGAAAAGAAGGCUGUUCAUUUUGUAAGCAAAUGCUCCUUGGGUGACUUUAGACCCCCAUCAAUGAGAAAAAUCUGAAGUACAAGUUUAUAAAUGUAAAAAAGCCUAUUUGGGUGACAUUGCCCCCCCCCUUGAAGAAAGCCUUUUUGAGUUAUUCAUUCAGGAUUAUUUUAAGGUCUUAAUAAUUAUCAAUAACAUCCAAUUUCAUGAAUGUGGGUGACCUGAGUCUACCCCAUCCUCACAGGAAAAGGAAGAGGGGGAUAGAAAAGGACACCCAUCUGUUGUCUGUAUUACUCUACAGUGUAUCUCGAGGACAGAUGUAGUCAACAUUACAUAUGCAUUAAAUUUAAUAAUCCUCAAAAUAUGCUGGACUUUGGUCAGAUUUUCAACUAAAGUUGCAGGAUGAUAUUGUGUAGUAACUUACUUGUGGUUUGUUUAGGGUGGCUGAGCAUUUUAUUGUGAAUCAGAACUGUUUGAGUACAAAUCCAGCCCCUAUACAUAUUAUUUAUUAUUUCACAAUGGGGAAAAUGAGAUGAGAUGUUACCUUUUUUGCAUACUGUCUUGUAGCUUACUGCACAAUUCUAAAUUCUGUUUGUCUUACUGUAGGAUUCAAGUCUUCCUGCUUUAGUGAACCAAAGCAAAGAUCCUGGAGUUCCAGUGGUGGUAUUAAAACAGCUUUUAGGAAGGUACAGUGCUAUAAUUUUAGCAAGUAAAAUAAUUAAACAGGGAAGUUAGCCUUGAAAGAAACCUUGAGCUGUGUCUUGGACAAAAAGAUUUACCUUCACAGUAUGUUUACACUGUGCCUCUGAAUGUCAUGAUUAUAAAAAAUGGAUACCAGAAGUUGAAGAGUGAGGAAAACCUGGGAUAGGUACCUGGCACUAUCUGAUGUAGAGUAGCAUCCCCCUUCAUGUGGAGAUGCAAUACUCCAAGUUACUUUUAGGAAUGGAAACUGGGAUUAAGUCUGACGAUAAAGGGGCACUCUGCUCGUAAGACCUGUUUACAGAAACCCUUCAGUUGACUACUAAUCCAAAUUGUGUGGGUUUUUCUUUUAGACAUGGCAUUAUGCAUUUUGACAAGCUGACUAAAACAAGAACUGUGGACAGUUUACUUGGAACAGUGAGUUGUAACUUUAAUAGACUUUAUUAAUAGGAUAUUCUGCUAUACUAAGCAGAUUGUUUUGCUUUUCUUUAAUUUUCAGCUUGAGAUGGAAGUGGCUGUUGCCAUGCGGAUCAGUUUUGAAUGUUGAUCAUGAUGUAUUGGUUGUUCAUCUCUGCUAAGUUUUUUUUAAAAUUUUUUUUACAGCUUCAAGGAUCAGGACCACAGAUGUUUGUAGCAUGGCUGCUUGAUAUUUUUGAGAAAGGAAAUUUUGAAGAUUCUACAGAAUCAGAGUAAGGAUCAGUGAAAAUUAUUCAUGAAUUUAUAUAUACUUGACACUAUGUACGAUAAUACUGUAAUGAGCAUGUUAGUAGCCAGUGAAAAUCCUGGCCAGUGGAGUUGCUGCAGAACACUGACCAGCCACCUUUACACAACAGCCUCUUGCCCCCUCCCAAAAAACAGAGCUCAUGCAUACAUGUGCACUUACACCUUCCCAUAACAGUCAUCUCUCAACAUUGGCCAUUUUCCUAUGUCCUCAAUGAGGCCACUGUGGAGAAGUUUCCCUGUCUCUGGGUGUUUUUUUUUUUGUUUGUUUGUGCAUACAUGUAUGUGAGCGUCAGCUGUCUGUCAGUGUGUCUGUUUGUCAGUCAAACUUUCCUUGUAUCUUUGUGUGUGCCUGUCUAUCUUGGAUAAUCGAUGUGCAACCCUAGCUUGUAUAGCUGUGAAGUUUUCAUUCACUCUGUAUCAUCUUUGUGUUCUAAAUUAUUUGGUCACUAUGUAACAUUUGUUUUCUUUCUAGGUCCUUAACAAAGAGUGAAGAGUCAAGUAGGAUUGCAGUUUUAAACCAAGUUAGUGUUGUCGAUAAUUCCCCUCUUGAUCUGUCUCUAUAUCUGGUUAUUAAAAGUUUGCACCAUGUAUUUACAGUGUAAAAUAUAACGUUUUAUUAUUAUUAUCAUUAUUAUUGUCAUUACUAUACAAGACUUUAACUAGACAUACGAGACUACAAUGCCCUAUAUUAUGUUUAACUUAAUAAGUUGAAGAAAAAAGUGUAAAACAUAACUUCUCUUUUGUCUUACUUUUGUACUGUAAUCAGCUUUAUCAGUUGGUCAAGAAGAAGUCAGGUGCACAUGAGGGGAACUGGUUACAAGAUGUGCUUUUCUUCUUCCUUAAGCAUGCAUAUUUCCAAACAGUUGGAAAGAAUAAAAAAGUUAGUAUAUUUAUUUUGAUAUUCACAGUGAAUUAUAACUUAUUCAUGUAGAGUAUUUGUAUCCAUUAAGAAAUGCUCGUAAUGCUUUUUGAAACAAGUAAAACUUGCUUGAAACUCACAUUUCAGCAAAAGAUAGUCUCUUUCAGAUCCAUUUUUCUCUCAAGGAGACUAUCAAUGAUUGUUGAUGUGAUAAAACUCAUUGUAAAUUUCAUUGUUUUUUAAUUUACAUGUAAACUUUGAAGUUAUUGGUCAGGUACUGUUAUAUUUUUAGAUGCUGAAAUUGAAAACAGCUAAAUUGCUUACAUGCAUGUUUGUCUUUGUACUACAUAUAACAGGAAACUUUGCCAGCUUCAGUGAGGCAGAUUUGUGAACAGAGAUUUGUUAGUGCACUAAAAGACUUAUCAUCUAGCAGAGAGAUGAAAUCGUUUGAGCUCCAUGAUAUUGUGCAACAUGCCAAGGUACUGACUAUUGAAUUUGAAAGUGUUCUUCGCAGUAAUGACACCACACAAGCAGUAGUGAAAAUUAAGGCCUGAAAAAAAUAAAUUCAGGCCUGUACGGGGUUUGAACCCAUGACCUCUGCUAUACCGGUUCAGCACUCUACCAACUGAGCUAACAAGCCAACUGGGAGCUGGUCAUUAUGUUGGUUAUCACUUAGCUUAAGUAGUGUUCAUUACUACCAAGAUCGCUUUCAAAUUCAUUUCUUAAACCGCAGCUCACAUAUUGUACUUUCACUCAUACGAAUUUAUUUAUGCUCAUUCGCGUGAUUGUAAUUUUGUCAUUUUCAGUUACCGUAUUCAACAAUGUGUCAAGUUUGUUCUAGUAAAGUUUGAAAUACGAGUGAUUAGCGUUUGCGGCUAUACAUAUAUGAUUUUCAUAUAAUUAAAGUCAUGUACUGACUAAUAUUCUGUACAGAUUAGUCAUACCUUUAAGACUCUUCAUGGCUUACAGUUAACUGCGUCGUACAUUUGUGUGAGUUUUUUUGUUAAAGUUUAGAUAUCAAUGUAACUGCCACAGCACUCAUGACAGGCGUUAUCAUAUCAUUCAAUGUAUUUAUUGUCAAUUUGAUGAACCCUUUCAAAUUCUCCUGACAUCUUUCACUAAAAAUACCUCCCCAAAGCAGGUGGUGGUAACCUUUUAUCGCAUUUAAAUUCUUGAGGUUGUUGUAUCUACUACUGAUCUCUCAACCGUAAAUUUUUCUUUGGUCUUUAAGAUACCGUUGAAAAACUCACAUUUGGUCGUUUCUUUCUCAAAGCAUUUGAUACAAUUUAGGCUAAUUGUUUACCUUCUCUGUGCAUCUGUUUCGGACAGGAACUAUUGGAGCCCGGUGAAUACAAAGUGGCCUCUGAUUUGUGGACGGAAGAGGUAUACGUCUGGUUUAUGAAUUCUCGUCCAAAUUGUCCUCGCACUCGAGUGUAUUGCUCUAAAUCAUUUAUUAUGUUUGUAUGCAUGAGAUAACACACCCACCGGCUGUUGCGCUGCUACACGAUGGCACUCCCCUGAAAAAAAGAGCGCCUGAUGCAAGUUAGGCAUACAGUACUCCCGAUCAGUUUAUGCUUUAGAUAACGGGGUGAAGUAGGUAUAGCGGUGACUCUGUUUUUCCAGAUAAGGUUCCACAAAACUAUGGUUAAACAAAAAUAUCUUCUCUUUAUUCAUGCAAGAAAUAGCUUCUGUGUUUUCAAUCUUUAGUUAAUGCUCCAAUUACGAUGGCGUCGCCUUUUUUCCGAUGAACGCAUUCUUUCGACAAAUCCAUUUCUGUAGCAAGUUGUGAAGGAUGCUAAAUUCGUUUUUUCUUACAAAUGAAUAAAGGGGUUAAGUUUUUAAGGAAACUGUGGGGCUACGUCGGUGGGAAAGUAUAACAAGACAAUCUGGUAUUAUCAACUGAGUUGAUGACGAUAAUUGGCCACUGUUAAGAGUUUUCUUUCAAAGCUAAUUUCUGCAAUUUUUUAAAUUUUCUUACAGGCAGAAAAAGCUUUCAAGAAAGCAGUACAUAGUAUUGAAAAGAUUCGCAAAAAGGUACCUAAUUGCUUUUUUGACUCAGUAUUUUGUUUUGCUUUGCUUUGUUUCGAUUUUCUAGUUUUGUUAGAAGGCGUCCAUUAGGAACGACAUAGUACACAUAGAUACGUUUUUAUGUUGUCUCGCGCAGAGAAGGAAAAGUGGAGAGUCUCGACAUGAGGAUGAGGUUUUUGAACUGCUGUUUACGCACAUGGCUUUGAAUUUAUUUACUGAACCAGAACAAGCCAUGGACAUUUUAAAGGUACAUUUCUGAAUCUACGCUAAACCACCCAUGCAUCUAAAGGAAUUCUGUUUAUACAUGUAGCAGUAAUUUAAUAACUGUGUAUCUUUUUGAUGGUUUUGAAACUCACAUAUUUCUUAUAGUAUCCGGACACUUUUGGGAAGGUUAAAUGUCUCAGAUUUUUUGGUGUUAUUAUAGGAGCUAAAAGCUUGCUACGAAAGACAGAAGACCAAACACGAGGAGAAGGGUGAUGGUGAAUAUUGUGUUUGUUUUGUGACUGCUAUUGCAUGUUAAAUACUUUGUGGACUGUGCCAGCCUUAUAGAUGUUUUGGCGAGAAUAGUUUUGACUUCUUUUGAACUUCGCUAACUCAACAACUGUAUGAAAGCCCAACGAUCUUACUGUAUGCGUUAAAAUAGAGAGACUUUCUUUAGUGGUUAUUCAUAGAGGGGUUUUCCCUUCACAUAUACCUGAACAAACAUCAUGUUGAACAAUAGUCUACGACUGGAUUUAGCAAUAUUUGAUUUGACAUUUGGUAAUGCUUGAUGCUGGAAGAAAGUUGAGUAUACACCCUGCAAAUGAAGAUACAAUUCACUUGCAUGAAAUAAUAGUUAGCACAUGAAAUAAACAUCUCGCUAUUCACUUUAUAUUAAGUUGAGAAAAGAAAACUAGAAUUGCCAUUUCUUACAAAUGUCAUCCGUACUCACAAUGCCACGUAUACACUUCUGCUGACCUUAUGUUUGUUUUUGUAGAGGAGCCACAUUGGGUAGAGGUUCUGACUGAAGUGUUACUCAGUCUGUUGACCAAAACCUCAAGUCUGUUCCGCCAUGUUGUUGAUCAAGUCUUUGUCCUACUUGCUCCCCAUUUGACUCAGAAUGCUCUAAACAUGAUUUUAGAGGUACAGUAGGACUUUCUAAGUCUUCAUUGAGUACUUCGUAUUGAGGAUUCGUCAUCAUCAUCAUCUAUUUGCCUCUUUUGACAAUAAAAAGAAAAAACCAUAAAUUUAAAGCAUUACAAUGAUAAGACGAGGAGACCUCAAGAAACCACCAGGUUUCCGGGAGAAAACAAUAUAUCUAUCGUGAUUCAUCGUGAGGCGAAUUACCUCUCUCUUUGUUUGAUAGCCCAGCUCAAAAUUUACCAUCUUUCUUGAUCAGUUCGUAGGACACGUGUCACGUAUGAAUCUAGUUAUGACCUAGCUCCUCAUGGAGUUCUCUGUAGCUCAGGGGUAAAGCGUCGGAGCGCGGAAUCCGACGGCUUGGGUUCCGAUUUCUCCUGGGAAGGACUCAGAAUAUUUCUUUGUCUCACGCUCUUGUUAGGACAAUAAACAUCUUUAGUUGUUUCAGUAUUUAUUUUUCUUGAGGAGACCUUAUGAAAAUAAUCCCCUUGUAUCACAAGCGUGAAACGUUGAACUGAUCUCAAUAUGAUCGUUGCUCUGAUGUAACUAUUUUGUUACUGUUGUUGCUUUAGAGCCUGGAUACUAGAAAAGGAAUUAAUGGUGAAAGUUUAGAGAUUGUCGAUGAAUCAGGUGAGUACAUAUUAAAUUAUGAAACUUAUUAUUUCAUAAUUUUAUUCUUGCGUUGUAUUUUCUUCCCCUUUUCGGUCUCUCCUUUAAGGUAAACGCGUGGCAAUGCUGACAACUGCUAUAAUUUUGGCGUGCUGAUCCAACUUAAUUAUUUAUCUGUAUGGCAAAAGUUCCAAAAGUAACUAACGAGCAGAAGCUGUUUCAAUUUUGGUCAGUGUAGUAAAUUAUUUAUUUUAGAACUACUAUAUAUACUUGUAUUUUAUUUUCCAGAUAUCGAAGAGGAUGAUGAAGAAAUGGAGGACGAUGAAGAAAAAGAAAAGGUGACAUGACCAAAUAUGAAAUUACUUAAUUUUCACACUUUAUAAGAAUUUGAUGGCGGCUUAAAGAUAUAUCAAGAAAGACAAUACUCAAGCAAAAGAAAAAAGUACGGCAAUUAUAAAGCACUUUUCCAUUUAGUGUCGUAAAGCUAACACCAAGGUAACCACGUCAGCCAAUCAGAAGAAACGAAAGUACCUUUAAGAGCCAAUGAGAACUCAAGGUAAAAACAAACAAUUUGCCUAAAGCGCGGGAAAACGCGGGCGACCAAGUCGUGAUUGGUUUUAAAUUAUCAUUCAAUUGGUUGAGGAAGUGGCGCGAGUUUCCUGGACCAAUCACAGAGCGAAGUAAAGGAAAACCAAUGCAACCUCAGAUUACUUCGACUUUCAAUUGAAAAUUGCUUUAAAAGCAAAUACGACGAUGAUAACAUGAACGACGAGAAUGUGUGGUGUUUUAUCUUGUGUUGAAAUUCACUGCGCUGUUUUAGGAAGAAUCAAAUGGCGUAAACGGUAAAGGUGAAAGUGGCGAUGACGAUGAUGACGAGGGUGUUAGCAGCUCAGAUGAGGAAGAGGAAAAUGUUGGUGCAGUGGACGAAGCUUUUAGAGCUGAAGUACAAGCUGCCCUCGGUCCAGCCAUGGUGGACGUGGACAAGGAGGUUUGUUAUGACAGAAUCGCGAGAAAGAAUGCUGUAUUGAUAGUGUGUAAACAGUCCUUGUUUAUGUAACAUUUUCUCGCCAACUGGCUCCCAAUACUCGCAUAGGGUGUACUCGUGCUUUAGUCACUAGCUCAGAAGCUGGCGGCUUGAAUUUCGACACUUAGAUCCUUUGGAUUUAAUCGCGAGAAGGAGUAAAAGAAAUUAGAUACUUUUUCACCUUUAACUGUAUUACGUGCAAUAGUUUUCCCAGCAGUAGUGUUUCGCUGGAAACAGGAUUCUGAGGUUUUGACUCCGAGGCUACUAUUGAUACAAACUGAUAUUUUCGGAAUGUUGUCGCUGUAUUUCAGUACCGCAGAAAAUUUAGAGAAUUUCCCCCUGUAGCUUCACAAUCUUAUCGGAGUGCUGAUGUAUCGGCUCUAACUGGUAAAAAUUUCCCAAAAAAGUUACCAGCGAGUAUUAGAUUACAAUAAAACCUUGUUUUUAUAUCAUUGAGCAAGUUCGGACGACAGAUGAUCCAGUAACGGGAGUAAAACAAAAAAAACAUAAGAUUACAUAAGGAAGAAGAGAUGGAAAGCAUUUAGCGGAUAUUCAUCUACUGACCUCGUUUUAGCUAAAUUUCGGUCAAGAUCUACAGUAUUUCGACCCCAGGCAUGCAUGUAUAUCUCCGUGAUAAAAAGGGACCUAAAGAAAACUUCCGAUGUGAUCCACACGGAGAGUAUCCCUGUAUACACGUAGUUGCCUAAGAUGGAAAUGGUAAUUUUUCUUUGUAGGGAAGUAGCAGUGAUGAAGACUUAGACGAUGAAGCGAUGAUGAGACUCGAUGGCGCCCUCGCCGCUGUUUUCAAAUCUCAGUUGCAGGCCAAAAGGGACAUAAACAAAAAGAAAGGUGACGUUUUGUGUCCAAGUCGCUUACUGCUUGGUGGGCCAUGCCAUUUAAAAUGUUUUAAUUGCUUGCGCGUUCAUCCCUUAACCCAUUGUUUGAUUAAAGAGUCUUCUUAAUGUCUAUUAAAUCAUUAUGAGAAGUUGCCUAUUCUUUUUAAGGGCUGUACCUUUUUUAAUUUUGGUAAAUACUACUAGCUUUUGCCAUACAUAGGUCACUUACCUCCUCAUCUUAAUACUUAACCGGCCUUAAUGAGAGACGGGGGAAAGAAAGAAUUAGUCCGGUCAGGUCACAAGACUAAGUCACUUCUGUCGAUUGAACUAAUCAUUUCGCGGAGAACAAGAUUCUAGCGGAGUCGAAAGCUCAGAGUUUUGUUCCUUUAGAGUGUUACACUAACAAAUUAAGUUAACCCUUAAUUUACACCAAAUAUUUUAGCGUGGAAGAGGUGAGUUUCGUGGCUUACUCCUCUCUUCUAGUUAUUGGGCACCUAAUCUCGCUUCUAUUUUUAUUUUUGGAUUUUGAGCAGAUGCCAGGAAGAUCAUUCUCCAUUUUAAACUGAGGUAAAGUUCGGUCUUUAGAGAUCCGUUUUCUUUUACAUUGUACUUAAUCUUUCUUUAGUUUUAUCAGGUUUGGAUAAACUUGUUUAUUUCGUUUUAUACUCUUUUCAAGGGUGCUAGAUAUUAUAGAGAUACUCAUCAAGAAACAAGCCUCCAAUCCACUGAUACUCGUAAGUAGAACUUAAAACUUUCCCUCUACUGGAAUGCCAUUUUUCCCGGAAUAAGUGUACUAUAUUAAGAUAAUUUUAAAGUGACACUACGAGUAUUUUUCAAGCAGUUUUAAGAGUUUGAAAAAAUUCCGAACUUCUUAUGUGUUACGUACACCCCAAACAUCUUGUCAAUUUGAAGCUCUUUGUGCAAUACUGAACGUGAAGGUUCUUGAAGGUUUCCUUAUUGCACAGACAGCUAUCGUGAUGCUCAUCCAUAAUACGAAGGAAGCGAGUGGCCUCAAUUUCCGCAGAUUUUGUAACUAGAUCUCUUGAGUGUAUUUUUCUGUGGCUAAACAUUCAGGAAAAUUCAUCAACUAUUCACAUCCCUCUUUUUCUAUUUAAUUCACGAUUAAUUCUUGUAACGUGUGCAUGAUGGUUUUCUUAGGAUAUUUUAGCUCAUAAUCUUCCUUUCGGAGACGGGACGUUUUACUAAGUUAUCUGUGUGGAACGCAUGAAAUCACGUUGAUGUUUUACGAUGUAUUUCCUUGUAGGAGUUGAUUAUUCCUCUGUUGAAUGUGACUUGGUCUGCACUGAACUCUAAGGAUUUCCAUACAUUAGGCGAAAAGGCUCAAGCAAUCUUUCAAAACAAGUUAUGCACGGCAAAAGAGGUAAAUAUUUAGGUGAUAGCAGAAACUCACAGAAGGUUAAAAUCAUUACAGUUACAUUUUUCAAACAUGUAGGAUCUUAAUGUAACAUGUUUGUAAGUUUGUAAAGAAUGAAUUUUUUUUUUACCCAUUUAAUAAAUAUAAUUCUCGGACGAGCAGGAAUUUUUGAUUACGACGUUCUAAACUUUUUCCUAUAUUCUUACGGAAUAGCUAUGGAAAUUAAGAAAAGCUCUCGAAAACUUAUGCUCUUUUUAUUUGAAUUGAGUUAUUUUGCCAGUCGACUAAAGAUGCGAUCAGAGGAAGUGAUGAAAAAAAGAAAGAAGAUUAAAAAAAUAAUCAGAGAAGCAAGAAAUUCCAGUUUGCCUGAAACUACACUGGGUCAUCUUCGCGAAGUAGCGUUACUAGUUUGAUAUUGGAAUAAGAUAAAUAAUCAUGAACGACAUGGUAGUUCAUUUCAGUUUUCUAAUGUACUCGUGAUUUUUCUGUGGUUCAAAGCUACUUCCCAUAUGUAACACUGCAGAUGCCGAAAUCAUUUGAUGCAUUUUUGUGUUAUAGCUUCCACCGGUCUCGGCUAUCAACGCCAAAGACGUUCACAAAAAGCUUGAAAAUCUGAUUCAGAAAGCAAUGAUGGGUGAGGCAUUUACAAUUUACUCGAUUUCUAUUUACCAUUUUUGCCGCUUUUGUGCUUUCUGACAUUUUUUUCCGGCCUUUUUUUAAGAAUACAGCCCUAAGUUGUUACGUUUUCUAUUCUCGUCACUUGUCUAGAAUGUACUGAAACCAAAAUGAAAUAGUUAACCUAAAUGGGGACUUGUAUGAGCUUAUUGUGCAAAUUUUAAUGAUUUUAUCUUUAUAGCUCCCUCGAUGGCGAUUGUCUCACUGAUAACGCGUGGUUGUUUAUAUUUGGUAAGAAGUGUCUAUCGAUGUUUUUUACAACUUUUAUUUAUCUAUUUAUGAAUUGAAAGUUAAGAGAACAAUAUACGAUAUAGGCACACAUUUCGAAGUCUUGCCUUUUACGAUCCUAUAUUCAAUUGUUUUUGUUUAGGUUCGUGUAUUGAGAGGCUCGCAGACGAAGCAGUCUGUCGCUGUUGGAAAGAAGAAAAAAGAAGAAAGUUGUAACGAGGAAACGGCGAAAGUAAGUAAAAGAAAUGAGAAGUAAGUAAAAGAAAUGAGAAGUCAUGUAGUGUUGCUGUUGUUGUCUUACUGCUCCAUUCAGCCUAAGCUUCUUGAAGAUUAAAAAGGUAUGUUUGUAUGUGUUGGAGACCGUAAAAUCGUUUCCUUCCAUAUCAUUUUAAAGCCUACCAUAGUGUGACACAAAAGUUGUCAAUAGUUUCCGAAUAACUCCAGGGUUGCAUUGGUUUUGCUUUACUUCGUUUUAUAAUUGGUCCAAAACGACUUGCGCCACUCUCUCAAACGAUCAAAUGCAAAACUUAACCAUUCACGACUUAAUCACCGGCGUUUUCGCGCGCUUUUGACAGUUGCCUCUUCAUUGGCUCUCAGGGGUACUUUUCUUUCUUUAAGUUGCCGUUGUGAUUACCCCGAUACCCAAUCGGAAAGCGCUCGUAAUUAAACAAGGGGUUUGUAUCGCGGUCGAGUAGAGCAAGUGUUGUUUUGAGGUACUCUUUACCAUUUCCUCCCUACAGCUGUGCUUGUUGAACACUAAAAGGGUGACAGCGGCAUUUAAGAAAGCUCUGGAAGACUUCAUGUUAAAGAGGUGCGUAGUGUAUGCGCAUUGGUAAUUUUAGGGGUCUGACUUCGUUAACGAGGACUCAUAGGGGGUAACUUCUGUUUUCCAAGCUUCGCCAGUGAAGCUUCAUUUUAAUUUUUAAGUACUCUUUUGUCUAGAUCUCUUAAGUUUUACUACGAAAACGACGAUAAUCUUUGUGUUUGACACUGAACGGGUCAGAUUUGCUUCUGAGCUUAUUUAACUAUAGUUUCCAGUUUACAUUCUGCGUUUUCAUUCUGUAGGAGUACACACCUUCAUCCAGUGCUGUUCACAGAACUGAUAAAGCGAUUCCCGGUGAGAUGCAAGAAUUAGCCUAUAAACGAGGAUUUAUAAACUUCCUAUGCUUUACGGCAGACACCAAUCUAGAAAACUUGAGAAAAGGCAGACAUCUUUCUCUCCAAGAUUUUCUUUACUUUUUUGCUUUUUUUCUUGACACCGCCAAACGGUCUUGUGCCGUAAUGUCUGGAAAGCAUAGUUUGAAGAAUUGAACUAACUGGUAGCUAACUAGUAAUGUUUUUAUUGUUAAGAAUGAUUGAAUUACUCCAAAUGCAGACCUUGCGUUGUCCAUGGUUGGAGAAUGGGUUGGAAUAUUGCAUUUUGUACUAUUAUUUUUUGUCACAAUUUAAUCAGAAAUACUAAGAAUCUUCUGUUUCCUACUCGAUUUCAGCAUCUUGGAUGGCAUUUAGCUGCAGAUUUAGUUGAAUACCUCGAAACUGCAGUUAACAAUUUCAGAAAGGUAGGUACUUAAUAAUAUCAAAUAUAAACUGUUCUAUUCCUUGUGUUUAGCCUUUGUAGUUUAUUAUCCAGAUCGUACAACUGAGCGGUAAAUAGCUAGUUUUGUAAAAUCCCUCAUUUGAACUAAUAUUUAUCUCAGAACCAGUAUGCUUUAUCGAUAUUGCCUUUUAUUGUUUUACGUUUCAGAGCCAAGCAUGUUUGAUGCUCUUACAGUUGAUGUCGCAAAAGGUUAAUAGAGAGAAAAUCACGGGUGAUAUUUGUUGACUCAUUUGUCGUUUGUUGCUACUUUUCUUUUCCUUGCCUUAUUUUUCUUCGUUUAUUUUUUCCUUCUUAGACUCCAGACCAUUCCACUCUUAUAAGAAAUCUCGCUCCAUCUAUACAAACGACUUUGAACUCAGUAAGUACCUGUCAUUUUUCAUCGUCUGUGAAGCUAACAAAAGCAUGGGAAAAGUUCAAGGAAUAGCAAAUACGAUAAAAACAAGAAUAGUAUACAUUUCAAAAGGAAAACAACUUUCCCAAAGCAAAAUUUCAAACAAACUUGCAUCGUAUAGUCUGAUCAUCCAGUGGAGAGUUGCUGUGGGAAGGACUGUUGUCGUUAACUUUGACUGACUUUUCGACAACUCGAGCGGAGGUUAUCGUCUUAGUCAAGGGACUCAUUGUAGCUUGAAUUUGAUGAUGAAUUUCUUUACGGCUUUCGAAACUUUUGCUACCACUACCUGAUAACAAUCCUGCUCAGAACAAUAAUCAAUCGGACAAUCAGACUACGCAAUCACAUGUUUUUCCCCGGUUCAAACCAUUUACUGUUAGUAACUACCAAGAAAACUUUUUGCUUUUCGUGCUGUUUUAAAGUAGUAACUCCGAGUGGUUCCAAGUUUGAUCGCCGGUGAUUUUACUCAGAGUGAAUUGUCACAUUGUAUGAAGAAGCGCAGUUUAUUUAAUAGUGGAAGUGGCGGCAUGCAUAACACCAUUAGUUGGCGUUAUUUUAUGUCAACUGUCGAAAACUACUUUAUUCUCUUUCCAAGGUAAUGACCAAGGUCGCUGAAUCCGAUUCAGAUGUGAAGAUGAGACAUCUUCGAGAAAUUCUUAAACUCACCACAAAGUUCAUCAAUGAAGUAAAAAAUACGGAAGAGGUAGAAUGUUCAUGGUAUUUUUGGCAAAGUGAAAGCUGGAUAAAUUCAAUGUUGGAGUUUUCUUGAUUUGUGAAGCGAUUGUGAAAAUAGUUUCCUCUUUCCUCUUUGUUUACCUGGAUCGGGGAUCUUGAUUUUUCGAGCAACUGCGUGUCAUGUGAAACUCUUUGUAACUUGAAGGAGAAUACAGAAUAUUCGUUUAGUAAACUGGAUAAACGAUAAUAACGAAUCUAAAUGGAAGAAAGAUGGCUUAGGAUGGAGAAGGUUGACUUUCACAUGUAGCUCGUUGUGUAGUUCUCAUAUUGUGAUUAGAGGUAAAUUGUAUCUCGUUUCUUUUAGGCUGCAGCAGUAUUACGGAUAGAUCAGCUCAAGGAAGGAGUGACGCGAAUCCAGGGGAGUGCGUUAGCUAAAAAGUCCCCAGACAUUAAGGGUGUUUGUAACGUAAUCCUCUCUAACUUGUCUCGGUAAGUUACCGGUGUAAUGUUUGAAUGAUGUUCGGUGACUGCAAUUAAAGGUUACACAGGUAGCUAUCAGAUAAAAAUUGCCAUUAUAAACAUGCGCAAUCGACCUUUCUAGUAUUAAACUUAGUCCUCUCGAUAGAUUCUCUUAACAUCUCAUCGCUUUAUUUACUGAGAGGUAAAAUUAGAAAAUUUAAAUUAUGUUGACUUUCAGGUCGUCUUCUGAAAAAGAAACAAAAAUGAAUAACUCGAGAAGAAAACGAGAAGCAAAUGGGCACAUAAAAGACGAAACAAAAACCACCGGUGUUGGGGCUGAAUCUAGUCCGAUAGGAAAAGAAGGGAAGAAGAAACGAAAGAAGAAAAAAAAUUAAGAGUAGAUAGAAAAUUCAAGCUGCAAUAAAUUGUCAAUAAACUACACUUCAUUUUUACCAUUGAAAAAAGAAAACAGUAAAGAAUAUUUGAACCAGAA